AUGGAGACCAUGGAGCGGUUGUUGCGUGUGUGGCUUGAAGACCACAGCCAGCGAAACGUGCCCCUGAGCGUCACCGUUAUUCAGGAGAAGGCUAAGAGUUUGUUUGAUGACUUACAGCGUGAACAAGGGGAAAGCUCUCAAACAGCAAAGUUUAGUGCAAGUAAAGGGUGGUUUGUGAGAUUCAAGGAACGCCACUGUUUGCCCCACUUCAAGAUGAACAGCACGGCUCCUGGCAAGGAGGAUGUAUAUCCAGAAAUCCUGAAAAGCAUCAUCCAAGAAGGUGAGUACACCCCCCAGCAAGUUUUUAAUGUAGAUGAGACAGGGCUUUAUUGGAAAAGAAUGCCUGAAAGAACGUUUAUUUCGGUAGAAGAGAAAGCUGAGCCCGGGUUUAAAUCAUCCAAAGAUCGCUUGAUGCUGCUUCUUGGCGGCAAUGCAGCUGGGGACUUUAAGUUGAAGCCCUUAUUGGUGUACCACUCAGAAAACCCCAAGGCUCUGGAGGGGUACUCCAAGCCCAAUUUGCCUGUGAUUUGGCGCUCAAAUAAAAAGGCCUGGGCAACCAGGAGCAUCUUUCACGAGUGGUUCACAUACUUUUUUUGCCCUGCCAUUGAAAAAUACUGUGCCCAAAAUAAUCUCACCAACAAAGCACUGCUCAUCUUAGACAACGCACCAUGCCACCCAGUAAAUUUGAGCGAUCUGUCUGAUAAUGUAAGAGUGGAAUAUCUUCAUGACAAUACAGCUGACUCGAUCCAGCCCAUGGGUCAAGGUGUGGCCUCUACCUUCAAAGCUCAUUACCUGAGAAGGACUUUUGAGCACAUCCUAGAAGCAACAGAUGGGGACGAUACAGCUGAGAUCAGGGAGUUUUGGAGAAAGUACAGCAUCAUGGAUGCUGUGGACAACAUUGCAAUAGCUUGGGAGGAGCUCAGGCCAGCAACAAUGAACGGUGUGUGGAAGAAGAUAUGGCCCGAGUGUGUUCAGUUCCAGAGUGUUUCCCAAACAGACAACAUUGCCCAGCUUCAACAAAAUAUUGUGACCCUUGCCAAGAGUGUGGCGCUCGGAGAGGUGGGAGAAGCUGACGUGGACCAGCUGCUGCUGUCCCACGAGGAGGGUCUCUCAAAUGAGGAGCUGGUGCGGCUGGAGCAGGAACCGGCAGGAGAGGAGGAGGAGGCGGGUGAAGAGGCUGCACCUGCCCUGCGCCAACUAACCACACGGGAGCUGUCAGCAGCCUUCUCGCAUUUCGAGGCCGGCUUGCAGGUCCUUACCAGUAACAGCCCUGAUGAUGCGUGGAACCUGAAAGUUUCGAGAGCGAUCAACGAUGCAAUAAGCUGCUACAGGGACCUGUACAGUGAGAAGGAGCGGCGCUCAAAGCAGCUCUCCUAG